GGUGUGGUCGGAAUGCUCCUGAAUUGGAUAACACCAUUAGCAAUCGUCCCAACCAUUACCUUGCUCGGUCUAUCGCUCUACGACCUCGGGGCCCAGCAAGCGUCGGUUCACUGGGGUAUAGCGGCGCUCACCAUGAUCCUGAUGAUCCUGUUCUCCCAGUACCUCCGCGACUUGCAGUUUCCGAUCCCGAUGUGCAAGGCGGGCGGAGGCAUGCAGAUCUCGCGCUUUCCGCUCUUCACUUUUUUGCCGCUGCUAAUAACGAUCUGCAUCUCGUGGAGCCUGUGCGCGAUUCUCACGGCCUACGACGCCAUUCCGGAAGGCUCCACCGCGAGGACGGACUUCGCUGGCUCGCUCAUUCAGGACGCGCCGUGGUUCAGGGUUCCUUAUCCCGGCCAAUGGGGGAUGCCCACAGUGAGCGUCGCAGGAGUCGUGGGGGUCAUGGCAGGAGUCAUCUCGUCGAUCGUGGAGAGCAUCGGGGACUACUUCGCCUGUGCCAGAGUUGCGAAUGUUCCCCCGCCGCCCACGCACGCCCUUAACCGCGGCGUGGGCGUGGAGGGCAUCGGCUGCGUGCUGGCGGGCAUCUUCGGCACGAGCAGCGGAACGGCGUCUUACUCCGGCAACAUUGCUCUGGUCGGCAUUACGAGGGUCGGAAGUCGAAGCGUGGUCCUGUGCAGCGGCCUCAUGAUGCUGAUCUUCGGCGUGUUCGGGAAAUUCGGCGCCGUCUUCGCCACUUUGCCCGAACCCGUGCUAGGUGGCGUCCUGAUCUUCGUGUUCUCCGUCGUGACCGCCAUCGGCCUCUCUACGCUGCAGUACGUCGAUCUCAGCUCCUCCAGGAACCUGCUCAUUCUAGGAUUUUCUAUCUUCAUGGGCAUGGCGCUUCCUACGUGGCUUCAAAAGCAUCCGGACGCCAUCAAGACAGGUUCCAUCAUGCUCGACCAGAGUCUGACGGUGCUCCUCCAGACGUCCAUGUUCGUCGGGGGUUUCCUCGGCUUCUUCUUGGACAACACUGUGCCUGGCACGGACGAGGAGAGAGGUCUUGUGAGUUGGCACGAAAACCUCCGUCAAGCAGAUUCCUCAGCUAUCAGUGGAACUACCAGUAUCUACGACUUACCUUACAUAACUGGUUACCUGAGGAGAUUGAAGUGGACUCGUUACGUGCCUUUCUUCCCGACUUUUAAGGGAUUCAGAAGGAGAUUUUCAGCCAAAGUAACUGAAGAUGGGAACAUUCCUCUGUAAUUGAUAAUGCGGGGAAGAGACUCUC